UUUAUUUAAUCUUAUUCCUUGACCCAUUUGCCGUAAACAGAUUUAAUUUUUGCAAAUUAGAUUUUUAGCUUGUUACUGCUUCCUGAAGUAAGCGUGUGAGUCAGCUUUAUCUGUCUGGAGCGGUAUCUCUCAUACAGUACAUUUGCAUCUUAUUCACAGUACACAUUUAUCUAGUUGGGGGGGUAUGCAACUUAGAAACAUAUUUAUAUUAAAAGUUUUUAGUGAUCAGGACUUCAGCCUGAAUUUUUUCUAAACAAUUGAGGGUUAAAGCUAAUAUCACCAAACCGCAGUCGAUUCGUGUUGCCUGACUGCCCGCAACCUCCGUCAGGCUCCUCCCUCGAUUAUUCAGACUGAUUACGUGUGGCGCUGUUGCAAUAUAGAAGGAGAAAGAGUCUGCUGCAGCUGGAGAGGUAGGAGUUGAGCUGCAACUUUCAUUUAAAAACAGACGAACUGCUGGAUUGCGCUUUCUUAAAAAAAACAGCACCAGAUGCGGUGAAAAAAAAAACAGUUUUCGAUCCGAAUACAAGAUCGUCGAUCAUUGUACAACUAAGGAAGAGAAAAAUAAAAUCAUUGCUUUACAAAGUCUGGACAGUUGUGCGGAGUUUGGUUCGGCUGGCUAGUCUCCGGGAGUCAUUUCAUUUGUGUUGUUGCUUUGGAUAGUUGGAAACUAAUGGCGUUGAGGGCGAGGGCUUUGUAUGACUUCAAUUCCGAAAACCCUGGGGAAAUUACGGUCAAGGAAAACGAAAUUGUAACCCUGUACAGCGAGAACGAUAUAGAGGGCUGGCUGGAGGGAGUGAACAGCAGAGGGGAGAGGGGGCUCUUCCCAGCCUCAUACGUGGAGAUCCUUAAAAACGACACAGCCCCUUCUUACAACAACAUCACAGCUGGAGAUGGCUACAUAGGCUCAAGGUAUUCCAACGUCCCAACCGUGGAUUAUGAUCCUACCUUCAAAAGCCAGGCACAGCACGAGAACUUCACGCAAGCCCCUGCGGCAGGCUUUUCUUCUUUCCCUGUGACAUCUCAACAGGAGCAUAGCUUCCAGGCAAGCCAAGGCAGCGACGAUGAUUGGGAUGACGACUGGGAUGACAGCUCCACGGUGGCUGACGAGCCGGGAGUUGUGGGAGGAAGUUACCACGACUACGACGGCACCGGUCCUUCCACAUACCGGUUGACCACCAGGUCUGAUGCUUCUUCCAUUUCCCGGGGUGGCAACGCGCAACAUCCCAAGAGCUCAGCCACCGUCAGCAGGAAUCUCAACAGGUUCUCCACUUUCGUGAAAUCUGGGGGGGAGGCUUUCGUGCUAGGAGAGGCAUCCGGAUUUGUGAAAGAUGGAGAUAAGAUCUGCGUGGUUAUGGGCCAGUACGGACCCGAGUGGCAAGAGAACCCUUACCCGUUCACGUGCACCAUCGAUGACCCCACUAAGCAAACCAAAUUCAAAGGCAUGAAAAGUUACAUUUCGUAUAAGCUGACACCCACUCAUACGCAGAACCCAGUGAGCAGAAGGUAUAAGCAUUUUGAUUGGCUUUACACCAGGUUAGUGGAGAAAUUCCCGGUCAUUUCGGUUCCCCACAUUCCAGAGAAACAAGCCACGGGGAGGUUUGAGGAGGACUUCAUCUCCAAGCGAAGGAAAGGCCUGAUUUGGUGGAUGAACCACAUGACCAGCCAUCCUGUCUUGGCCAGGUGUGAUGUCUUCCAGCAUUUCUUGGCAUGUACGGAUGAGAAAGCCUGGAAGCAGGGGAAAAGAAAGGCGGAGAAAGAUGAUAUGGUGGGGGCCAACUUUUUUCUUACCAUCAGCACUCCGGCGUCAUCCCUUGACCUGCAGGACGUGGAGAGUAAAAUUGACGGCUUUAAGUCCUUCACUAAAAAGAUGGACGACAGUGUGCUGCAGGUUAAUGCCACGGCCAACGAAUUCGCCAGGAAGCAAAUAACAGGCUUUAAGAAAGAGUACCAGAAGGUUGGGCAGUCUUUUAAAACCCUUAGCCAAGCAUUCGAACUCGACCAGCAGACGUACUCUGCAGGUUUAAACCAUGCAAUUGCUUACACCGGUGAAGCUUAUGAUGCCAUAGGAGAAUAUUUUGCAGAACAACCCAAGCAGGACCUUGAUCCCGUGAUGGAUUUGUUAGCUCUUUAUCAGGGACAUCUUGCGAACUAUCCAGACAUCAUCCAUGUUCAAAAAGGAGCCCUAACCAAAGUGAAGGAGAGCCAGAAGCAUGUGGAGGAGGGGAAGAUGGAGUCUCCGCAGGCUGAGGGCAUUAAUGAGCGCUGCAAUAUCAUCUCCUUCGCCACGCUAGCGGAGAUCCAGCAUUUCCACCAGAUCCGUGUACGGGAUUUCAAGGCACAGAUGCAGCAUUUCCUACAGCAGCAAAUCUCCUUCUUCCAGAAGGUGACGCACAAGCUGGAGGAGGCCCUGCAAAAAUACGACAAUGCCUAGACCCUAGAUGGACUUUCACCUCUCCCCAACUUGUGGCCUUUCACUUCUGAAAAAAGCCAGAUGGAAUUAAUGAGCAUUGCUUUAGCAAUACAAUCUUUACAGAGAAAAGCACCCCCACCUACUGCAUUCAAGCAAAUUCUUACCAGCAUCUUGGAUUCAUGACUUCUGUUUUGAUUGCCUCUGUCGAGGCAGUUCUGGAAAACGGAUUGGUUUGCAGGCGUUUUAGCUCCUCCUUAGUGUGCAGAAGAACAUUUCAAAGACAUUUGAGGUUCCAUAUUUGAAGAAUAACCUUGCUACAGUAAAAUCUGCAGAGUUUUUAUUACCAAGAUAAAAAUCACUGCAGUGUUUGGUAGGUAUGUGUGUAGGUGAGUGGAGGGGAGGUUUUAACAUAUUCCUGUAUUAGAAAAAAAAAUAUUGUGAAGGCAAGUUAUAUUUUUGCUUACACUACCAAUGUAACUGUUGAAGACUGUAAUAUUAUAAGCCUUAUUUCCUUGUUCAGAAACAUCUUUUGAUAUUUAGUACUUACUAAGCACCCAGAAGGGUGCUCAGAUUAAAAGUAUAUAAACCAUACCAUUGACUGGCCUUUAUCCGUUGCCUUGGAUAAUCAAUCUGAAUGAAUGUGAUCCCUCAUAAUCUUUAAAAAGUAAAGAAAAAAUGUUUACAGUUUACUACCAGAGCAGCUAUUGCUACUGUCUUGUGCCUUUUAACUUCCUGUCUUUAUUGUUCCUGACUUAAUAGUGUGAUCUUAAACAAUCAAGAUGCAAAAACAGAACUUUCUGGCCCUGUAAGUUAGUUUAGGAAUAAGAAUCUGAUGUCUUGAUAAUUUAAGCUGUCAUUUAUGAUUCUUUCCCUUUGAGGAAAAUUAUAGACAGCUGUUUCUGCAUAUAUACUUAUGCAUAACUCGGUAUAUACAGAACAGAGAUUAAGAACAAGGAUGCUUCACAGGAUGGUUUUCAUUCACUUUAAACAGUGAAACAGGAUUGGAGGGUUGGAUCAGCUAAUAAUUAUGAAAAAAAGGACUGGAAUGUUAUAAAGUAUUGGAAUAUAAAGACUUUGCAUGUUUUUUUUUGGAUGCACCAGCAAUCACAGACUGUGUAACCUCACCAUAAAUACUCAUAGCACUGCCAGUAAUGCCAGUAAUAGUUUAUCCUUGUGGGGUAGGGUUUGCUGGUUAUAGGGCUUGCUGUUAACCAAAUCCAGUGGUUUGUGCACCCCAAGUGAAAUGUAGCCAAUUAGUCAGAAUCGUAGGUCUUCAAGGCAGAAGAACAGUCGGGCAAUACACAUUGUGAGAUGAAUGCUCAAUAUCUGAAACAUUCUACUGUAAUUUGUAGUGCAGGAGGCAUGAAAUACGGUUUAGUAUAGCAACUGCAAAAACACAAUAAACUCCAUCACAGAUUGGUUGUCUUGUGUUACUAUUGUUGAGGUGUUACCCUCACUACAAAGGAGAAUAUUUCACUGAUUCUUGUUGAGAACAGCUUAGUCAAAGUGAGAAGUGGAUAGAAAGAUGCAGCUUUAGGUUUGGAUAAAUUCCAUAGAGAGCAUUCUGUCAAAUUCUAUAUUAUUCCAUUAAAGUGCAUGUGAUUUCUUAUCUGUGUAAUGCACAUUAGAUUAUUUCAUUAUGAAAGUAUAAAUGUCAAUCAUUUUUUCUCUCAGGUUACAAUUCCGGAGUGAAUAACGAAAAGCAUAACCGUGGUAUAAUGUGGGUGUUGUUGAGAAAAUACUAUGUAAAACACUAGGCUGAGCUCUUGGGUUCAAAAUGCACACUUAGAGAAUCUCUUUCCAUGAAAGUCAUUCAAGAAUUUAGAUCUGCAAUCAAGCAUAUUUUUACAGUGAGUGAAUGUACAGUAUACCUCCAAACAUCAUUGUUCAAUUUUAUAGAAAAUAAUAGCAAAGAGUAAAAUUAGUGAAUUGAGGUGAACACAUUUAUCCUCAAGAAAUUUAAUAUAGAAACAAAACCAAAUGUGAAAUAUUGGCCAAAUAGCCAGUUGUUAACUCAGAACUCCACUUUACAUUUAUGUGAAUUUAUAGAAGAAAAUGUUCAGUUUAGUUCUUCAUGUAUGGAACACAGGAAGGUAAAUGGAAAAAAGAAAAUGCUUGUCCUCUCUUCAUCUGUGAUCAGCACUCUUCAACAGUGCUUGAAUUGCUUUUGCUUUGAUGGUGAGGAGCUAUGGAUGUAACAAAAAACUGAAAUUGUUGAGAAAUGUGCGGGUUUUUCUUUAGUACUGUAACUGCUUAAGCCUAGAAGUUGCAAAGAUAAAGAUCUCUCAAACUUGUAACCUGAAGAGUACAGACCUACACAAGUGAGCUGAAACUAAUCUUUCUAAAUGUUGAAACUGUGUAUACUGCUUUUAAUGUUCAGGAUCUGAAUUAAAAGACAAAACAUUUUA